GGACACAUGCUUAGGUGUGUGUGUGUAAGUGGUUGCGUGUGUGUAUGCGCGUACAUUUAUGUGUGUGCAGUAGAGAAGGGGAAAUGCAUUCUGCAAGAGGCUGCAGAGGUUAGCAGUGGAGAAACAGAUCCCUGUCCUUGUAUAAGAGAAGGAUGCCUUGCUACACGGUGACCGUCGCUACGGGCAGCCAGUGGUUUGCGGGUACGGACGAUUACAUCUACCUGACCCUGGUGGGGACGGAGGGCUGCAGUGAGAGAACUCUGCUGGAUAAACCCUUAUAUAAUGACUUUGAAAGAGGAGCGGUGGACUCGUAUGACAUCACUGUGGGGGAGAACCUUGGCGACAUUGAACUCGUGAAGAUUGAAAAGAAGAAAUACUGGAUGCACGAUGAUUGGUAUUGUAAAUACAUCACAGUGAAGACCCCCUCUGGAGAUUACAUUGAGUUUCCCUGCUUUCGCUGGGUGGUGGACGAUAAGGAGGUUGUCCUUCGAGAUGGCCGAGCACGACUGCCGCAGGAUGACAAAACUAGGGUGGCGAAACAGCACAGGCGCAAAGAGCUGGAAACCAGACAAAAGACAUACAGGUGGAAGGAAUGGCACCCUGGCUUCCCAAUGAGCAUCGAUGCUAAAACCCAUAAAGAGCUUCCACGAGACAUCCAGUUUGACAGUGAGAAAGGUGUAGACUUCAUCCUCAACUACAGCAAAGCGAUAGAGAACCUCUACGUUAACCAGUUCAUGCACAUGUUCCAGUCAUCAUGGGGUGAUUUCUCAGAUUUUGAGCGCAUCUUUGUGAGGAUCAAGAACACAAUAUCAGAGUACGUGAUGCAGCAUUGGAGGGAAGACUUUAUGUUUGGAUACCAGUUCUUAAACGGCUGCAAUCCUGUCAUGAUCCAGAAGUGCACCCAAAUACCGGAGAAGUUUCCAGUCACGCAUGAAAUGGUGGCUGACUGCUUGGAAAGAGACCUCACCCUGGAGGAGGAGCUGAAGGCAGGAAACUUAUACAUUGCUGAUUAUGAGAUAAUGGAGGAUAUAUCUCCAAACUCUACAGACCCGUGCACCGUGCAGUAUUUGGCUGCGCCGAUUUGCCUGCUGUACAAGAACAGCCAGAACAAAAUUUUGCCAAUUGCCAUACAGCUGAGCCAAACCCCAGGAGAAGACAGCCCCAUCUAUCUCCCUAGUGACGAUCAGCAUGACUGGCUGCUGGCCAAGAUUUGGGUGAGAUCGGCCGACUUCCAUGUUCACCAGACAGUGACGCACCUUCUCAGGACUCAUCUGAUAUCAGAGGUGUUUGGCAUCGCCAUGUUCAGACAGCUGCCUGCUGUUCAUCCGGUCUAUAAGUUGCUUCUACCGCACAUUCGCUUCACAAUUGCCAUUAACACCAAAGCACGUGAGCAGCUCAUAUGUGAGAAUGGACUCUUUGACAAGGCUAAUGGCACAGGUGGAGGUGGUCAUGUACAACUUGUCCAGAGGGCCAUGAAGACUUUUACCUACAAGUCCCUGUGCUUCCCAGAUGCCAUAAAGGCUCGAGGCAUGGAGAGUCAAGAGGAAGUGCCUUACUACUUCUACAGAGAUGAUGGCAACAGCGUGUGGGAAGUUGUCAAAAGUUUUGUGACAGAUGUGGUGAACAUCUACUACGCCAGUGAUGAGGCAGUGCAGGAGGAUGAGGAGAUACAGGCAUUCGUCAAAGAUGUCUGCAGCUUCGGAAUGCAGGAUUUUGACUACUGCGAGUUCCCUAAAUCGCUGCAAACACAAGAGCAGCUAGUGGAGUAUCUGACUGUUGUCAUCUUCACUGCCUCUGCACAACAUGCUGCCAUCAACUUUGGACAGUAUGACUGGUGUUCAUGGAUCCCAAAUGCUCCCCCCACCAUGCGGAAACCCCCUCCUACCAAGAAGGGCGAGGUGGAUAUGCAGUAUAUAGUGGAGAGUCUGCCUGACCGUGGCCGCUCCUGCUGGCAUCUCGGAGCCGUGUGGGCUCUCAGUCAGUUCCAGGAAAAUGAGCUGUUCUUAGGCAUGUAUCCCGAUGAACACUUCUUUGAGAAACCGACAAAGAAGGCUGUGGAGACUUUCCGCCAAAAGCUGUCGGAGGUGUCCAAAGUGAUCAAGAAUCGCAACGAGGGGAAGAAACUGCCCUAUUACUACCUGUCCCCAGACAGAAUCCCAAACAGCGUGGCUGUCUGAGUCUGCACACCUGGCAGAGUUUCCAAAGGGUUACUUCCCCAUACACAGACACCUUCAUAGCUUCUUAUUCUUACUGUAAUAUAACUACACAAAUAAACAUGGUGAAAUUCAGCAUCCUA